UUCAGUUGGAGACCAAUAACCCAGAUCAUUGAAAUAACUAUUACCAGAAAAUGUCUUUUAUCAACCCACUGAGGUCGAUCAGUGAUCAUUCGAUCAGGGAAAUAUCUGAGGAGUUUGAGAGAAGGAUCGCAGAGUACGAGGAUGAAAUUUCGCGUCUAAAGAAGGAAAACUGUCUACAAAAGCAGAAACUGGACGCUGUCGAACGGAUAUACGGAUUAGACCUCCAGCAGCUCUUACCUACUGAAAAGGAGGUUCCUGUGGUGAAUCAGGAAUGGAGCCCCAUUAGGGGUCAGGAAGCGCCAGAGGCCCCAUGCAUCAAAGAAGAAGAGGAGGAACUUUGUAUCAGUCAGGAGGAAGAGCAGCUUCAGCAACCAGAGGAGGCUUGUAUAACCAACUUCCCAUUCAUCUUUGUCUCUGCGAAUAGUGAAAGUGAUGAAGAGAAACCUCUGUCCAUACAGCUUCAUCAAAGCCAAACAGGGGACUACAGAGUGGUGGAGCCCCCAGACAGCCCCAUAACUGAAGAGGUGAAAACAGAACCUGAUGGAGAGAAAUUUGGACUAUCAGAACUAGUUAGUAACCGAGAUCAAGAUGGUGAUUUAGAAACAACUAGUUAUGGUCAACCCCUUUCUUCAGACUCCUAUCAAAGUGAGGCUGAAGACAGUGAUGAUGGUUGUAGCAAGACUAGUGAACCAAAGUCAAGUUUGGACACAACAGACAACACUGAAAUAAAUCGUAAGAGAAAAAAAAGUCGCCAGAAAAAAACCAUUAAUUGUUUUAUCUGUGGUAAAGGGUUUUCUGGAAGAGGACGUAUGUGGUUACACGUGAAUGAACAUACAGAAGAGAGACCCUUUACUUGCUCUGUCUGUGGUAAAGCAUUUUUACGACGAGAAUAUGUGUACUCACAUAUGAGAAUACAUACAGGGGAGAAACCUUUUAGAUGCUCAGAAUGCGGCAAAACGUUUGCUCGAACAGGUAAUUUACGCACACAUAUGAGAAUACAUACAAGGGAGAAACCUUUUAGAUGUUCAGACUGCGGUAAAGCGUUUACUAGAAGAGCACAUAUGAAUAAACACAUGAUAAUACAUACAGGGAAGAAACCUUUUUGUUGCUCGGUCUGUGAGAAGAGCUUUGCUUCAAGAGAAAAUAUGCAGGAUCACAUGAGCAUACAUACAGGAGAAAAACCUUUUAGUUGUUCAGUAUGUGGUGAAACUUUUGCUAGAAAAGCAUAUAUGAAUACACAUAUGAGAAUACAUACAGAUAAGAAACCUUGAUGAGUCUUUGGUGAAGGUUUUAAUCAAAAGGCCAGUCAGAGGAAACAUGACGUAUCUCGGAGAACAAAACGAGAUAACUUGGCUUUGUGAUGUUGGACUAUACAAAAAAAAUUGACUUGACUUGACUGUUCUUGUGGAAACUAAAAAAAAACAAAACAAUUUGUUCCCGUGCUACGAUCAGGUCAUCAUAUGAAUCUCUACGUUGGACUUACCAGUUGGUUAAAAUGGAGCCAAAAAGUGGAUGUUGAAUAUCAAUUUUUACCUAACAACAUCAGGCAAAGGGAGUGCUGAUGGAAAAUAUAUUUGAAAAAUAAAGAGAUGACUUAACUAGUGCUGGAUGUGUUUGGUGUGCUACCAUGGUACAGAACAAGCUCCAUAAAGUAUUUUCCAAUGUGGUAGAGAGGAAUACAUUUAGCUGAUGAAUAUGAAUAUGUUUAUUCUAAUGCAAAUGAGGUUAACACUAUUUCCCUAUGGUUUUGAUUGUCCUUGACAUCUACUGGCACCUCAUGCAUGACAAUUUUUUUCUUUAUUUUUUUAAUAAUAUGAUACUCAAGAUCACAAAGUACAGACCUAGUAGGUACAAAAAGUCAUCAAGACUGAGGGGCAGGAGCGAAUAAAAUAAAGGACACCAGCUGUAUGUGGUAGGGCACCAGUGUAGAGAGUGGCGAUGUAUUUAUGGUCCACUGGAAGGACACCCAUUAAUGCAGUGGGUCACGUUUUCUCCACUGGAAGGGCACCCCGGAGGGCAAUUUACCACGCUUUAUCUACCAUAGGGGCAUCCAAGAGGGCACUUGUGCGGUGUGUUUUUUUUUAACAUGAGGUCAUUGAAUUACCCCCCACCCCCUCCCCCAGAGACCACCACUGAUGCCAUCCAAUGGCGGUAUUAAUAAUUUUUUAAGGAUACGAAAUAAAAAUUAAAGGAAAAAAAUGUACUUUAACUAUAACUAUAGAAAAACUGUAUGCUGAUAGCUUGGUUUUUUUGGGGCGGGGGGUUUUCUUCAUGUUCAACAAACAAUAAAUAUUGUUGCUUUUAUGUGGCUCUGUAAUGCCCCAUUUUCCUCAAGUAUGGAUUGACAAGCUGUAUACAAAAACCGAAUAUGUUUUGUCGUAUGCAAAAAAAAAAUUAAAAAAAUAAAUGGA